AUGCUCACUAUGUCGUGUCGUCGGCGUCCCCAGGUACCAGCGGUGGGUCAGUGGCCGGGCCCGAGCUCUAGCUCCAGCUAGGGUACCUUGCGGGGCUCAGCAGAGCCGGCGGCACGCGAGCCGCCAUGAGGCUGGGCUCUGGGGCCUUCGCCGCCUGCUGCGUGGUGAUUGAGGUGCUCGGGGUCGCUGUCUUUCUCCGGGGUUUCUUCCCGGUGUCGGUGCGCUCUGCGUCCCGGGUCCAGCCCCUGCCCCCUGCGCCGGAGCCCGCGGCAGGAACAAGUUCCAACUGGACCCAGCUUCCACCUCCUCUCUUCAGAAAAGUUGUUAUAAUGCUGGUAGACGGCUUGAGAGGUGAUUUUGUAUUUGGAUCGAAGGGUGUGCAGUUCAUGCCUUAUACAACAUAUCUUAUAGAAAAAGGAUUCACUCAUAGUUUUAUAGCAGAAGCAAAGCCACCCACUGUCACUCUGCCUCGAAUCAAGGCCCUAAUGACAGGAAGCAUCCCUGGCUUCAUCGAUGCUGUUAUGAACUUUAAUUCUCCCGUGUUGCUGGAAGACAACCUCAUUGGGCAGGCAAAAGCAGCUGGGAAGAGAAUCGUCUUUUAUGGAGAUGACACGUGGAUUAAGUUAUUCCCAAAGCAUUUUGUAGAAUAUGAUGGAACAAGCUCCUUUUUUGUGUCAGAUUUUAGAGAGGUGGAUGAUAAUAUUACAAGGCAUUUGGAUAAUGUAUUAAAAAGGGAAGACUGGGAUAUGCUAAUACUUCACUACCUAGGAUUGGAUCAUAUUGGUCACGUAACUGGGCCACAUAGUCCUAUGAUUGGACCAAAGCUUAAAGAGAUGGAUUACAUCCUAAAGAAGAUUCACAUUUCAUUGUUGUCUAAGGAGAGAGAGGCUUCUUUGCCCCAUUUAUUGGUCCUUUGUGGAGAUCAUGGGAUGUCUGAAACAGGAGGCCAUGGAGCCUCUUCAGUAGAGGAAGUGAGCACACCUCUGAUUUUGAUCAGCUCUGCAUUUCAAAGGAAAAGCGGCAACUUCCAACCUCCAGAGCAUGUCCAGCAGACUGACCUGGCUGCCACACUAGCAGUGGGCCUUGGUUUGCCGAUUCCAAAAAAUAGUGUGGGGAGCCUCUUAUUUCCAGUUGUAGAAGGAGCAACAAUGAGAGAGCAGCUGAGGUUCUUGCACUUAAAUUCAGUACAGCUCAGCAGACUGCUGCAAGAGAAUGUGCCGAUGUAUGAGAAAGAUCCUGGAUUUCAGCAGUUUAAAGUAACAGAAAAGUUACAUGGAAACUGGAUCAAACUCUACUUGGAGGGAAAUAAUUCAGAAGUCCUUUUAAACCUUGGCAGAAAAGUUCUUAAGCAGUAUUUAAAUGCUUUGAAGACGCUGAGUAUGUCACUAAGCAAACAAGUAGUCCAGUAUGAUAUGUACUCAAUGAUGGUUGGGACUGUCAUAGUCUUGGAGGUUCUGAUUCUGCUUUUGCUCAGUACCCCAAAAGCCUUGUGCCAGAAGGCUGAGUUUGAGAUUCCACUGUCAUCUUCCUUGUUUUCUUUGCUCUUCUACUUGAUGGUCCUCAUCCUCUCUGCGGUCCAUGUCAUUGUGUGCACCUCAGCCGAGAGGUCGUGUUACUUCUGUAGUGUCUCCUGGCUGGCGGCCGUUGGGGUUAUGAUGCUGAUUUCUGCACUCCUCUGUGUGAUCUUGUCACUUCUCACAAACACAUUUGAGAAUGUCAGACUUCCAGCUCAGAAUCCAACUGCCUCCAGUUCUAGCUGGUCCGGAUUAGAUCUGCUUAUCUUAUUUGGAACUCUGGGCCAUGUUCUGAGUUUGGGUGCAAGCAGCUUUAUAGAAGAAGAACACCAGACCUGGUAUUUUCUUAUCAAUACUCUCUGUCUAGCGCUGGGCCAUGAAAUAUGUAGGAACCACUUUCUUGGGAAGGACUUUGAUCAUAAUUUAGCUAUGGAAGAGGAUUUUCAAAAAGAUACUAAGAAGGUUUUACAAUACAAAAAUGACUAUGUGGAUGUUCCAGAGUAUAAUAAAAUGCACAAAAUGUCUUCUUUGGAACUGCCAGAGGGCUAUGAAAAGUGGUUGGGAUUGGCCAGUCCAUGGCUUAUACUGAUUUUCUGUAGACUGCUCCGCUCAUUAAAUCAGACAGGAGUGCAGUGGGCUCAUCGACCGGACUUUGGCCACUGGCUGACCAGUUCUGAUCAUAAAGCUGAACUCUCUGUUCUGGCAUUUCUCUCCCUUGUCAUGAUCUUCAUUCUGGUUCAGAGGAGAUGCUCCCCUGUUUCAAAAGUAGCAAUGGCACUAGGGCUCUUGGGAGUCUAUUGCUACCGAGCAGCAUUUGGAAAUGUCUUUUUGCCAUGGCAACGAGACAACAAAGAUAUUUCUAAGGGAAUUAUUGAAGCUCGCUUUGUGUAUGUCUUUGUUCUGGGUAUUCUUUUCACUGGAACCAAAGACUUGCUUAAAUCCCAAGUCAUUUCUGCAGAUGUCAAUGUCAGGAGUCGAGGUUUGUGGGAAAUAUAUAGCGGAUUAGUUCUUCUAGCAGCCUUGUUGCUCCGACCUCACAAUCUUCCUGUUUUGGUGUUUAGUCUGUUAAUUCAGGCUGUAAUGACAAAAUUCAUCUGGAAGCCCUUGAAACAUGAUGCAGCUCAGAUUACCAUAAUGCAUUAUUGGUUUGGCCAAGCAUUCUUUUAUUUUCAGGGUAAUUCCAAUAACAUUGCCACAGUGGAUAUUUCAGCAGGCUUUGUUGGCCUAGACCACUAUAUUGAAGUUCCAGCUAUGUUCCUCACAGCCUUUGCAACAUAUGUAGGACCUAUCCUUUGGGCUAUUCACUUGCUGAGUUUUUUGAGUUCAGAAAACAGCAGCAGGACUUCAGCAAUGAGUCACGCCUGCUUCUGCUAUGCGGUGAUAUGUUCCAUCCCUGUGUCUGUGUACAUCGUCCUGGUGACAUCCCUACGUUACCAUUUGUUUAUAUGGAGUGUGUUUUCUCCAAAACUUCUCUAUGAGGGAAUGCAUCUAUUACUCACAGCUGCCAUUUGUGUAUUUUUCACAGCCAUGGAUCAAACAAAUCUCAUAAAACCUUAGUCUAUUAAGUAUGCCAGGAAAGAACUGUGCUUUUUAAAAAGCCUGUUAAUUGCUAACUGGAUUUGAGUAAUGGAAGAUAAGCUUAACUACUAAGAAGAUCAUUCCAGAAAAAGAUAAAAAGUUAUUUAUGGCUUAUGAGUUCUAACAGUUGUUUUUUUUAAAAAUCUUCAACUUCUUUGACUUCUGUACUUGAAUUUGGAUUUACUGUAAGUGACUUUUGGUGUUUGAGAUUGGGUAUGGGACAGGUGAGGGGAGGGGGAAGAUAAAGACACACUCUUUGACCAUUUGAAAGAGUGCUAAUUUUGUUCGAGAAUAUUAAAUGUGAUUACAAACCAUG